AUGACUUCAGAUUCGAUAUCUAAUUUAAAGCCCGCGCCAACUCCAUCCAAAGAGGAAGACGAGUUACCAGAUUCAACCGCUGCUCUUUUGCCCUUCGACACGGAAUCUUCCUCCUUAAUCUCUCCAUCAUCCAAAGAAUCGACCAAUAGAGUUCUAUUCAUUUGUCUAAUUCUUUCCACAGGCAUUGCUCUCUCAGCAGCUUUUGCCUUUGCCUUUUUAUUCUUCUCCUCUGCUGCUUCAUCGUCACCAUCAGUAACUUCUCAAUCCCUUGAUCAAGUCUCAAGGCCACUUACAAAGCUCAAGCACCCAGUUGUUUUAUUAAUAUCCUCAGAUGGUUUUCGAUUCGGGUACCAAUUCAAGACCCACACUCCAAAUAUCAACAGAUUGAUUGUAAAUGGUACUGAAGCCGAGAUGGGUUUGAUUCCAGUGUUUCCCUCGCUGACUUUUCCGAACCAUUACUCAAUUGUCACGGGUUUGUAUCCUGCUUAUCAUGGAAUAAUUAACAAUUACUUUAUGGAUCCAGUCACAGGUGUUGCCUUCACUAUGGCCAGUCAUGAUCCCAACUGGUGGCUGGGGGAGCCGAUGUGGGAGACAGUCACGAAUCAUGGCUUGAAGGCUUCGACUUAUUUCUGGCCCGGUUCUGAGGUAAAAAAGGGUUCUUGGAAUUGUCCCAAGGAUUAUUGCAUGUAUUACAAUAGUUCUGUGCCUUUUGAAGAGAGAGUUGAUACUAUUUUGAACUACUUUGAUUUGCCGAGUACAGAGAUUCCUGUGUUUAUGACGUUGUACUUUGAGGAUCCUGAUCGUCAGGGCCAUAAGGUUGGGCCUGAUGAUCCUCAGAUUACUGAGGCUGUUGCUGGAAUUGAUAAGAUGAUCGGUAGAUUAAUUCAUGGUUUAGAAUUGAAAGGGGUUUUUGAGGAUGUGAAUAUCAUUAUGGUUGGUGAUCAUGGAAUGGUUGGUACCUGUGAUAAAAAGUUAAUCUUUCUGGAUGAUUUGGCUCAAUGGAUUGAGAUUCCGAAGGAAUGGGUGCAAUCGUACAGUCCAUUGCUUGCAAUUCGUCCACCAUCCGGUUCUCAACCAAAGGAUAUUGUGGCGAAGAUGAAUGAGGGCUUGAAGUCAGGGAAAGUAGAUAAUGGUCAGUAUUUGAGAGUUUAUCUAAAGGAGGAGCUUCCUAGCAGACUGCAUUAUACAGACAGCGAUCGAAUCCCACCAAUUAUAGGCUUAAUUGAAGAAGGGUUUAAAGUAGAGCAGAAAAGAUCUAAAAGGCAAGAAUGUGGAGGAGCCCAUGGAUAUGACAAUGCAAUUUUCUCCAUGAGGAGUAUUUUUAUUGCUCAUGGACCUCAAUUUGCUCGAGGGAGAAAGGUCCCAUCUUUUGAGAAUGUGCAGAUAUACAACUUGGUUACAUCCAUCCUCAAUAUUACAGGAGCUCCUAACAAUGGGACAGCAUCAUUUUCACAUUCCAUUCUUUUGCCCAGCCAUUGA